UAUGGAAGAGUGCCGGCGAUUGGCAUUUGCCAUCUAAUCAGUGCCAUCGCAGGGACGGCCAUUAUAUUCUUCUCGCAUAACUUUAUAGUGGUAUUAAUCUCGAGAGCAUUCAUGGGUUGUGUGGUGUUAUCUCAGGGCAUGUUUGCCGUGGUUUUAGUGAUGGAAUUUGUGGGAAUCGACGGCAGAAUGAUUAUAUCGACUCUAUUUUUAUUCAGUUACUCCAUUACCGCUACUAUUCUUCCAUGUGUUGCAUAUUAUAUCGAUAACUGGAAGAUAUUAAGCAUUAUGACAUCUGCACCACUGGCUCUGCAGAAUAUAUGCUACACGGGAGCCAACCUCCAUGCGGCCAAUGUGUCCAAAAGGCCCUUCAUAAUGUUAAGCGUCAACUCCGGUCUCGAUGUGAUCGCCACCUUCUUCUCCAAUAAGUUCUCCAACACUUACGGCAGGAAAAUCACGACAAUUGUGUCGUGCCUUUUGGCCGCAACCGCAUACAUUUCGGCCGCUAUUGUCCCACUGUUCACGGAUAACAAAAAUAAGGAUUUGGAUAACACAUUUGGAUUAUACAUCGAAAUGGCUGUCCUAUUAUUGGGUCGACUCACCUUCACGUGUGGCUAUAAUGUCCAAUUCAUAUACGCCGCCGAAGUAUACCCGACUGUCAUCAGGAGUCGAGCGCUGGCCGUACGCCUAGCGGUCGGAUCUAUUGGUAAUAUGAUUAGUCCACAAAUCGUAAAGUUGUCCGAAAUCAACGAACAAAUCCCAUUAAUCAUCUUUGGUUUGUGUGCUCUCAUGGCGUCCGUACUUAUGGUGAAACUCCCGGAAACACUCGACAAACCAUUGCCCGAGACGUUAGAAGACGGCGACACAUUUGGCAAGAAAACCAAAUCAAAGCCCAAGAAUGUGAAUAUGAGACGACGGUCCACAUUAAUAGCCGUAUGUAUGGCAACGGUAGAGAUACCACUGAAUUACGACACAAACGGCAUCACCAACGGAACCAUACCGAACAGCAUUGAACUCAAAGUGAACGUGUACUUCCCCCAGACCACUUUCCCCGAUUGGGUCACGAGACCCAACUCACUGAUGUUCACUUCGAUGACCGUUCCCUUCGUGAUGACACCCAACGAUGUAUACAUCGGUGAACUCGGGUUCUUCUUCACGCCGAUAAUCGGCAAACUGAAGGUCGCCCUCAACUCCGGGUGCGUCACGUGCGCCGUCUUGAACCUCAGGGCCAUCGGACGGAUAAAGCGCUCAAAUUUGGGCGGUUUUCGGGUGAAGCCGUCGCCAACGAAACACACUUUCGUCACCAUUCGCUUCCAACACUUCUUCUUACGUUUGCCGGUCUUUAUGGCUCUGAAAGAGACAAUCAUUGGACACGUGAAUGACUCGCAAUGGACUCAUAGGAUGGGCGCGUACCUGAAGACCUCCAUCUCGGACACGGCCUUAACCUUAGGGAUGGGAACCUCCCAUUUGCCGGCCUUCUCCUUCCGC